UCACGCGUUCACGCAGGCAUCCACAGUUAAAUUUCUUGCGUGAACGCCGUCGCACCUUCAUUUUUCUUCUCACCUACAACCUCGAAUCGUCGUCGACACCAGAAUCUCUUCACUCAUAGAUCUCGCGUCUCUCCACUGAAAUGCCCUUCUAUCCUCCAGACAAUCAAGAUUCGGACUUUGAUAACUUGUCCGACACUAUGUCGCCCGCUGGUCCUCGCAAACGUACACACUCCGAGUUUGACGACGAGGCGAAGCCCGCCAAGGUCAAAAAGACAGACCGGGAGAAGUGCAUGGAGCUACAAGAUAAACUUCGUGUGGUUGUUGGUGGACUGAAUGUUGCCACUACUGGCAUGCUGGAGAUCGUGAAAACGUGCGACGAAAUGAGAGACAAUUUGAAAAAAUGCCGAAGCGAUAUCAGAGCAGCCGUCCAGGAGUUCUCGGCUUGCAACUGGGCUCUCUAUGUCUCCAACCAAGCCAACGAGAAGCUUGAGAGAGAGAACGCCGUUCUGCAAGAACACAUCAGCAUGCUAGAAGCCAGACUCAGUGAGAAGGAGGACUAGGAGUUUUGCCCACGACGUCAUCCCAUCCUACGCCUUAAGCGCUGGAUCAAGAUGAAGAUGACGCUGUCUGGAACAAAAGGUUGAUCAAUUUCGGAGGGAUGGAGAACACUUGACUUGAUAGUCCAGGGGUGCGAGGUUGGGGUUGAGUGCUUUAUCGGCCAGAGCUUUACUAUGGCAUCACAAUCUUUGUGACGGAGA